AUGAGGAUAUUGUUAUUGGUAGCGUCAGUUUUUAUUGUUUCGUCAGCUGCUCCAGCUUUUGAUGAACUAUGGUCCAUGUUCAAGGAGCAACAGGGGAAAACCUAUGCAAAUCCUUUUGAAGAAUUCCACCGAAUUCAAAUUUUCACAAAAAACUUAAAGAUGAUCGAAGAACAUAACGCAAAGUAUGCAGCAGGUUUGGUCUCGUACAAAAUGUCAUUGAACCGUUUUGCAGAUAUGCUUCCUGAAGAAGUUAGAGCGCAACUGAACGGGUUUAACAAAACAGGACAGCUGAUCAACCACAAGCGCACUGGUCUUAGAUUUGUUCCACCUGCCAACGUAAAAUUGCCAGAAUCUGUCGACUGGAGGGAAGAAGGAGCUGUCACUCCAAUUAAAGACCAAGGAACUUGCGGUGGUUGCUGGGCCUUCAGCACAACAGGAGCAAUCGAAGCUCAACUCUUCAGGCAGACAAAGAAGCUGGUCUCCCUCAGCGAACAACAGCUCAUAGACUGUUCCAGCGAAUACGGUAACCAAGGUUGCAACGGAGGGUUGAUGGACAAUGCCUUUAAAUACAUCAAGGACAAUGGAGGAGUAGCCAGUGAAGAGUCCUAUCCUUAUCAAGGAGAAGUUGGACAUUGCAGGUCCACAAACUUCAACUCCGUCCAUGGAACAUCAGUCAAGUCGCAUGUUGACUUGCCAGAAGGUAGCGAACGCGCUCUUCAGGAAGCAGUUGCAACUGUAGGCCCUGUCUCCGUUGCAGUCAGCGCUUCUAACAGUGGAUUUUUGCAUUAUGGAGGGGGUAUUUUCAAUGGUGAAUCAUGUGCAUCAGAAGAACUGGACCAUGGUGUCCUGGUAGUUGGUUAUGGAACAGAAGGUGGACAGGACUACUGGAUCAUCAAGAAUUCCUGGAGUACAAGGUGGGGAGACAAAGGUUACAUGAAGUUGGCCAGGAAUAAAGGAAACAUCUGCGGAAUAGCCUACAUGGCUAGCUAUCCAUUAUUAUAACUAGUAAUUUAGAAUAUCAUAUAACAUACUUUAUUUUUU